AUGCAGUCUAAAACCCGGCUGGUCAUAGUCAUCGACGGUAUAGAUCGGUGCAGUGAUGAGAGGGCGAUGAGGGAGUUCGUCAAGAUGCUCGUCGGCAUACCUUCAGGGAGCACCCCCAAACUUCUCGCAAAUGUCCGCAUCCUUCUUACGGGCCGAAUCGCAGACCACUUCGAGGAAGCUCGCGAGUCAAAAGAAUUUAGUCGAUUUGUAAAGGAAGUAAAUAUUCAAGAUAUCGAUGCUGUGGAAACGACGAAGGAUAUCCGGAAAUUCGUCCAAGACCGGCUGAAAGAGAUUCGGCGGACGAGUUCCACGAGUAAUUUUGCUCGUCAAAGAAGUAUGUCGUCAGACGAGCAGCUUGGGUGUCUGGUCGAUUUGUCCAGGGGUUCCUUCCAUUUUGCCCAAACUAUCCUCCAUUACCUUGACCACAAGGAUAUGAGCAAUAGGCUUUCUGGUUUGCUCAGAAGCUCAAAUGAUCGCCUCUAUGAUUUUUUCGAGGCGGUGCUAAGCCAUAUUGUCAGGGGGGGAGUCUCGUCCGAUUUCAAGGAGGUUCUAGGAACUGUCACGUAUCUAAAUUCCCCAUUGUCCCUAACCGCUUUACGCCGUGUUUUCACAUCACGCCAGAUCGACCCCCUUCCCUCCCUUUUCCAAAUCAACGCCCUCCUGUCUAUUCCGGCUGACGAUAAGAAAUCCAUUCAACCGAUUUGCGAAUCUCUUUGGGAAUAUCUCAAGUCCCCACGAGAUUCAAGAGGCUAUCAUUUUGAUGGCUUAAGAACUCAUUUCUCCCUUGCCGCAAGUUGUCUGGAAAUUACUGCACAACUCUCGGAAGGGGAUCAGGAGUCAUCCCGCUCCGUGGGAAGCACUGCACUAGGGUGGGUACAGCGUGCAGAAGCGCAACAGUAUGCUUCUGUCCACUGGUUUGACCAUCUCCUCAAAUGUGUCAAAUUGAGUAAAUCAGGACGAUUGGAAGAGAUCACGGGUUUAAUGCGCGCAAGCAAUGUUCUAGAGGAAAACAUUGACAUCUUGCUCGACUCUUCGAAGUCUUCAUUUAUUCUUUGGACUAAUAUUUUAAUCUUCAAGGUUGACAACACAAAGAAGAUACUAGAAGAUAUGGAGCUGCUAACUAUGAGCAUGGAGAAUGUGGCAUGUUUUCAAAAUUUGACCCAGAAAAUGUCGGGGCUCAUUCGGAAACUUAAAAAAGAUAUUGUAAGCAAUUUGGAUACUAGAAACACAUUUUAUUAUCUUGUUUUUAGGUGGUGA